CCCCAUCACGUGGAAAUAUGAUUAACAAAUCAAAAGACUAAAAAAGGGGGUAAAUGUAAUAUUCCUUGUAAUGCUAAAUCACAUCUUCACACAUAUAGAGUCGGUCGAAAAAAAAAAAAAAACCCAUUAACGAAGCCUCACGUUGCCAACUGCUCUUUGUCUCUUUACUCUUUUGUUUCAGACGAUUCCUUUGAGAGGAGAAGAAGAAGAAGAAGAAGAAAUGUUGCGUAACUGCGAGAAGAUGGUUGCCGUCAUCACUUCUUCAGCUACUAAUGAAUGGCCACAGAAGCUUAUGGAGAAACCAAGCCAAGAACAACAACAGGUGCACCAGCAACAAGCUUUAAAGUGUCCUCGUUGUGAUUCAUCGAACACCAAGUUUUGCUACUACAACAACUACAGUUUAUCACAGCCGAGACAUUUUUGUAAAGCUUGUAAGCGUUAUUGGACUAGAGGUGGUACUUUGAGGAACGUUCCCGUCGGUGGUGGAUGUAGGAAGAACAAGCGUGUUAAAAGGCCAACUGUUUCAGCUUCAACACCACCGUCUAUCGGUGGAGCUUCACCAACAUCUGGUGGUGGUGUUGUAAAUCCUAAUUCAACAACCUCAAGUCACCAUAUCAACCCUUUGUUUUAUGGUUUAACUGCUAAUGACCCUUAUCAUGAUGUUAUCAAUCUUCCAUUUUCUCGUUCUAGUACUGUCACUGGUUAUGAUCUCCAACCUCAAAUGAGUGGUCUUGGAUUAGGGUUUUCUUCUGGGGAUAAUACUGAUCAUUACCCACCAUUGCUUUCAAGCUAUACCAAUAUCUUUGGGUCUUCAUCUUCUUCUUCUACUACCACUACUACACCCACCAUUGCUUCUCUUUUGGCUUCUACUCUUAACCAACACAAAUUCAUCAAUGGUGGUGUUAAAAACACAGAAGCUUUACCACCUUUUCAAGAUCUUCAAACAACAGCCAUGAAAGAUAUCAAAGUACCAUGCCAGAAUCACCUUGAGCAAAUUACUUUACCUGAUCCAUCACUUUAUUGGAGCACAAAUAUAGGUGCUUGGCAUGAUCCAACAAACAUUGGGUCCUCAGUCACCUCUCUGAUUUAGCAAGCAACAACACUAGUACCUUAUUGAUCUUUCAAAUCAUCUCCCUCUUUCACUAGAGUCUUUUUUUUUCCCCUUAGGUCCUUAGUUUCUAAUAGUCAAAAGUAUGGUGUGGGAAUGAAUUAAAGUUUGAGAGUACUGAUCAAAGCAUGGGAAGGGAAGAUUGGAUCGGAGCGAUCAUGUCAGCUGCAAGAAUAUUUCAGCCUGUAGUUUUAUUCUCAAAAAAGGCUGAAAAAAACCCCUUAAUUUGCGCUGAGAGGAACCUCGGAUCCUCUUCAUCACCGUCUGCAAUAUGUUGAAGAGACAGGCUUUAACUCCCUUUUGCUGCAACUUUUUUUUUUCUUUUUGUUUUUUAAAUCCAGUAAGUUUGGCUUCUAUUUUGUAUGUAUAUAUAUAUAAAUAUAUAUUGCAUUACAGGUUCUUAGGUUGGGUUUUUAGAAAGGGUGGUAUAUGUUGCAGUCCUCAGUAAAAGAGGAACUCAUUUUUUUCUUCUUUUAAUUUCUUUUUUUUUUUCCAUUUUUGUUGUUUUGGGAAGUUGGGGUAUAAUUAAUAGUAUAGAACAGAGGGAGAUUUGUACCUGCAAACUGCAAUUUAAGCACUUAUUUACUGUGGCUGGUCUGUUGUUCUUCUUCUUUUUUUUUUUUUUUGUUGUUGUUGGUGUGACUGUUAAUAACUUUUAUGUGUCAUCUUUAAACCUUAAAGCUGCAUGAGCAAUGCCUAUAUAGAUUAUGUAUCAAUUGAAGUUCUUUUUAUGUAAUAAGUUGGUACAGACAAUGAAUGUACGCAAAGCUAUGAAUGUGUAUGUGUAUAGGUUUAUUUUUGUUGUUUAAAGGUUUGGAAUUUAGUUGGCUGGAUAUUCUCUGCCGGUUUUACGAUCCAGACAUUGAGAAACAACACAGUUGAGUUAUGGCAGGGAUUUUGUGAUGAGAAAUUUUUUUAAAGGUCCACACUUUGGAAUUUAGCAGCUUGGCUGCUUGUAAUGAAAACACCAAUUCAUUACCA